GCUGCCGCGCCGGAAAUGCCUGUGUGCUGGGGGCUCCGGGCGCGCCCCGAGCCCCCGCAUUUCUGUUCCGCCCAGCCCAACCGGGCGCUCCCCGGUCCUACCGGGCCCGGCUCUGUCCCGGUUCUGCCCCGGUGGCGGCGCUUCUUCGCGGCCAAUGUGUCCAAAGUGAAGCAGCUCCCAGAGCAGGGCAAGGCCUCCCCCAUGGGCACCUCAGACAUGGAGAGGAAAGCGUCCUACGAGGAUGUCCCCGGGGAGCCCGGGGGGCUCGGGGGGGUGGUCAGCACCAUCUCCAGCAGCAGGAGCCCCCUGCAGCCCCCCGAAGCUGAUGAUGGGGAGCCCUUCACCACCUACUUCGACAGCAAGAUCCCCAUCCCUGAGGAUGAGACGCAUUCCUGCUUCAGCUUCCGCAAGCUGUGGGCGUUCACGGGGCCGGGGUUCCUGAUGAGCAUCGCCUACCUGGACCCUGGCAACAUCGAGUCUGACCUGCAGUCCGGGGCUGUGGCUGGCUUCAAGCUGCUGUGGGUGCUGCUGCUGGCCACCAUCAUCGGGCUGCUGCUGCAGCGGCUGGCAGCCAGGCUGGGCGUGGUCACCGGGCUGCACCUGGCAGAGGUGUGCCACCGCCAGUACCACAAGGUCCCUCGGAUCCUGCUGUGGCUGAUGGUGGAGCUGGCCAUCAUCGGCUCCGACAUGCAGGAGGUGAUCGGCUCGGCCAUCGCCAUCAACCUGCUCUCCAUGGGCAGGAUCCCGCUCUGGGGGGGAGUGCUCAUCACCAUCGCCGACACCUUCGUCUUCCUCUUCCUCGACAAAUACGGCCUGAGGAAGCUCGAGGCGUUUUUUGGGCUCCUCAUCACCAUCAUGGCCCUGACCUUUGGAUAUGAGUACAUCACGGUGAAGCCCAACCAGGAGAAGCUGCUGCAGGGCUUGUUCAUCCCCUACUGCCAGGACUGUGGCACUCCCCAGCUGGAGCAGGCCGUGGGCAUCGUGGGCGCCGUCAUCAUGCCCCACAACAUGUACCUGCACUCUGCCCUGGUCAAGUCCCGGCAGGUGAACCGUGCAGACAAGAGGGAGGUGAGAGAGGCCAACAAGUAUUUCUUCAUCGAGUCGUGCAUCGCGCUCUUCGUCUCCUUCAUCAUCAACAUCUUCGUGGUGACCGUCUUCGCCGAGGCCUUCUUCGACAAGACCAACGCCGACGUGAGCCAGGUCUGUGCCAACAGCAGCAGCCCCCACUCCUCACUGUUCCCCAACAACAGCGACGCUCUGGAGGUGGACAUCUACAAGGGGGGCGUGGUCCUGGGCUGCUACUUCGGGCCCGCUGCCCUCUACAUCUGGGCCAUCGGCAUCCUGGCGGCCGGGCAGAGCUCCACCAUGACGGGCACCUACUCGGGCCAGUUCGUCAUGGAGGGCUUCCUGAACCUGCGCUGGUCGCGCUUUGCCCGGGUGCUGCUCACGCGCUCCAUCGCCAUCACCCCCACGCUCUUCGUGGCCAUCUUCCAGGACGUGGAGCACCUGACGGGCAUGAACGACUUCCUCAACGUGCUCAUGAGCCUCCAGCUCCCGUUCGCGCUGAUCCCGGUGCUCACCUUCACCAGCCUGCCCGGCGUCAUGCACGACUUCGUCAACGGCCUGUUCUGGCGGGUGGCCGGGGGUCUCCUGAUCCUGCUCAUCUGCAGCAUCAACAUGUACUUCGUGGUGGCCUACGUGAUGGCGCUGCACAGCCUGGCGCUCUACGUCGGCGCCGCCCUGCUCAGCGUGCUCUACCUGUCCUUCGUGGCCUACCUGACGUGGCUGUGCCUCGUUGCCCUGGGCGCCUCCUUCCUGGCCUGCGGGAGCACGGUAAGCGUCACCCGGACCCUGCACCUGGAGCAGCCGCCCUCCCACCCCCCCAAAUAGCCUGGGGGGGGGCCUGGAGCCCCCAGAGCCACCCUGGGGACACGGACGGAGCCGCUCGGGGACGCCCCCGGCAGGACACGGAACACCCGGAGCCCUCGGGGCUGGCCUGGCUCUGCUGAACCCCCAAAACCCCCCUGGGGGGGAGCCACACCUGGGGGGGACAGGAACAGCCUGAGCCACACCUGGGGGGGACACAGGAGCAGCCUGAGCCCUCCUGGAUGGGUGCCACACCUUGAGGGGGGACACAGGAGCAGCCUGAGCCACACCUGGGUGGGCUUCACACCUGGGGGGAUGCAGGAGCAGCCUGACCCCCCUGUGGGGACAUGAACAGCCUGAGCCACACCUGGGGGUAACACAGGAGCAGCCUGAGCCCCCUGGGGUGACACAGGAGCAGCCUGUCCCCUCUGGAUGGGUUCCACACCUGGGGUAACACAGGAGCAGCCUGACCCCCCUGGGUGGGUUCCACACCUGGGGGGAUGCAGGAGCAGCCUGAGCCCUCCCCCAUUCUCCUUGAAAUCCCAAAUUCCUCAUCCCAGAGCCUUUGAACCCCCCCUGUAGCACAAACACUGACCUCCAGGAACUGCUGCUCUGGCACUGACCUGGACUAAAUAAGCUAAAAAAUCCCUAAAUCCCCUUUUGGGUGGCAUUUGGGGACGCUGCUGUCACUGGGCAUGGGGUGACACUACAGCUGGGUCUGCCCCAGCCUGAGCAGAUUUGGUAUUUCCCACUGGAAAACACUUCCCAUGAGCAUGGGAAAGCUGAGCAUUAAUAUUAUUUUAUUCUAUUAUCACUACUGGCUUUUAGUGGCCCCAUGUGGGAUUUUGGGGUCAGCAAAUGAAACGAGUUCAUGGUUAUUUAUGAUUUUAUGACUUGAUUCCCUGUGAUCCAUGGAAAUACUCUUGGAGUUCUCAAAAAUAACUCAAAAUCAGGCUGUGGAGGCUCCAAGGGCUUUUUCCAGGGGUUUCUUUGCUGCUCCCUCUUGUCCUGGAUUAAAUUCCCUCCUCUCAUCCUCCUGUGUUUAAUGAGUUUGGGAAGAAGCUGGGCCAGGAGUGUGACCUGAGUGCAGGAGUGGGGUGGGAUGGGGGGCACAGAACCCCCCUUGGAUCUCCCAGGGCAGUUUUGGGGCCCCAUCCUGCCUCUUGGAUCUCUGAAUCAUGGAAACUGGGCGUGGGGAGCUCAGAUUUGGGUUAUUUUGGGGAAAUUCCCUUCUCUGUCCAGCUGGAGCUGCAGCCAAGGCACAGCUCCGGGGGUUUAGAUCCCAAAGUGCAUCUUGGAGCUGCAGGAUGGGGCCCCAAACCUCCCCUGGGGCCAAGCCCGAGGGUUCCAGCCCAGCCCUGCUUUAUUUGGGAUGCCUGGGUCCAUCCUAGUCUGGUUUAUUUGGGAUUCCUGGCUCCAUCCCAGGUUUAUUUGGGAUAAUAAAAUGAGUCCAUCCCAGCCCUGCUUUAUUUGGGAUGCCUGGGUCCAUCCUAGUCUGGUUUAUUUGGGAUUCCUGGCUUCAUCCCAUGUUUAUUUGGGAUGCCUGGGUCUGUCCCAGGUUUAUUUGGGAUAAUAAAGAGUCCAUCCCAUCCCUGCUUUAUUUGAGAUGCCUGGCUCCAUCCCAAUCCUGGUUUAUUUGGGAUUUCUGGCUCCAUCCCAGUCCUGGUUUGUUUGGGAUUCUUGGCUCCAUCCCAGGUUUAUUUGGGAUAAUAAAAUGAGUCCAUCCCAGCCCUGCUUUAUUUGGGAUGCCUGGGUCCAUCCUAGUCUGGUUUAUUUGGGAUUCCUGGCUCCAUCCCAGCCCUGCUUUAUUUGGGAUUCCUGGCUCCAUCCCAGCCCUGCUUUAUUUGGGAUUCCUGGCUCCAUCCCAGGUUUAUCUGAGAAUAAAAUGGGUUUUUCCCUCAGUGCCCACUGGCAUUUCCCUGCUCUCCCAGCUCCAGGCAGGGAAUUUCUCUCUGAAAUAAAAUCCCUGCAGAAUCCAGCUCUGGGGAAUGUUUGGGAUCUGCCCAGGGGUAUUUCUUCCCUUCCAAGAGCAAUCCCAGUGUCCUGUCCCAGGACUGGAGCCCCUGUGGGGGUUCAUCCACCCCCCAGGCCUGGGGUCCCUCCCUGGUGCCCAGGACACCUUCCAGGGGUGGAGGUGACAACACUCAGAGAGAUCCCAGCAGGAAAACUCCCCUUUAAUGGGGCAGGAUCAGAUCCCUCUUCCCAAACCUGACCACGAGGAUUCUCAUUUUUCCCCGCUGUUAUCCCAAAUUCCAGCAGGAUUUAACCCCGUAGUGUCACAUCUGCAGGUUUUACACCCAUCCCCACAGCACAGCAGCCACGAGCUGUGGGGGUUGUGGGCUGCACCAGAGGAUUUGGGCUUUGGAAUUCUGCUCUACCCCCACCCUGGGCUGGGAAUUUCGGCUUGGGAGGGGUCAGCUCUCCUGGCUGAGCACUGACUGCGUGUGGAGCCUCCCAUUGCUCCGUGCUGCACUAAUCUGGUUUUUUUUCCUUUUGGUCCUGGUUGUACAAACCCCUUUUGCCAUUAAAAACAUGGAGACUUUUCCAA